CUUUCAAUGAUUUUGUAUGUACUCAUAUUUUGGAAGAUAUAAUUUGUUAGGCAAAUUAGAGUUCAGAUCCUACUAAUAACAAUAUUUCAUUAUUUUGGUAAAUUACAUGAUAUCUUACUUGUGUCAAAAAGUGGGUGAUAUUUAUUUAUGUUACUGAAACGUUUAUAAGAUGUGAACUGAAUCCUGUUAAAUAUUCGUAUAGGUUAUGUGAUUAUGUUGUUUAAAGUGUAUCCAAAUUUCUUGUCUAUAAAUAUUAAAGAGUGAUAUGGUUGUUGCGCUUUAUAAGCGCUAGUACUAUUUUAAAAAAUAAGAAUGGAGCGAAAUGGGGCGAGGGAAAUGGAAGAGCGAAUGUGCAUAAGAGAUACUGGGAAGACAUUGAAAAAAUAUGGUAGUACAGCUAAGCAUAUUACACGAAAUGAAAAUUUAUUAAAACAUACUGUAUCAACAACUGAUACCCUUCAAGGAAUUGCUUUAAAAUAUGGAGUUACAACUGAACAGAUAAGAAGAGCUAACAGAUUAUGGGCUUCUGAUAGUUUAUUUUUACGGGAACAUUUGUUUAUUCCUGUCAAUUCAGAAAGCCCAUUGUCAUUGGACAAUACUGACGAAAUUGAACAUAAUAUAGUUCAAAAUGUUUCUAGUCCAUCAUCAAUAACAUUAUCUAUGGAUGAUGAUAGUUCAAUUAAUGACUUUUUAGCUAAAAUGGAUUCUUCUAUAGCCAAUGCUAAAAGAGAUGUUAAACGUACUCAGGGGAACAGUGAAUUUUGCACUGAGGAUAGUGAUAUCUAUGUACAAUCACAUAGAGCAUCUUCUAAAUUACGUAACUCGCUUCCUAUAACUUCAAAUACACAUACAAUACCACCUGCUUCAGAACCAUUAAGACCGUCAUCUUCUAGUGAUAUGCAUAAUUUUCCAACUGCUGUAGUUAUGACUCAGGGCAGGAAAGUAAAAACAUCAUUACAAAGACUUCAGCAGCAACAAGAUGAAAUAUUCCAGUUGUAGCAGCUAAAUUUUAUUAGACUGUAAUAUGUUUAAUAUUGACAAUGUCAUUAAAGAGCUUGAACAAAAGAUAUAUUGAAUACCAAACGAUGUACUGGAAAUAGUAGAAGACUAUUGCAUAUUUAAAAUUGGUUGAUCCAAUAUUAAUGUAAGUUGUAUUCAUUUCUUUUUUCAUAAAUUUUGUAUGAUAUUUUUAUCAUAUAUUAUAAAUAUUAGGAACAUUUAUAAAAGAUAAUUGAUCGUUUCUAUUCUUGUAGUCUGAGUACGAUCAACAAUGGAUCAACUAGCUCUCGUAUUGUCCAAGCAUAUUUUUAAAAUAGUUCAAAUGAUAUUUCUUAGUGAACCAUAUGUGCCUUUAAUCCAAGUCGAUUAUGUACUAUUUCUGUUAUUUUUAUAAAAUAUCUUAUGUUUUAUAUAUGACAUUAAGUUUAUGAUUUCCCUGAGGUCAAUUUAUCCAAUUUUAUUGCGAAUGAUAACAUGUACUCCUAGAUUGUUUAUAAUUUUGCCGGGCAUAGAAUUUUAUUCGAUUAUGUCUCUUUUGUGGCCUCAAUUAUAUAACAAAAGUAUGAGAGCAGAUUGAAAAGUUUUUGGAGUGACAAUAACAAUAACAGAUAAAGCAAUUCCCAGCGACGAUUCCGGAAACUUUCCGAUCUCUCCUUGGAACUCUUAUAGGAAUUAUAAUUUAAAAUAUUAAUAUAAUUAAAUAUUAUACUCUCUUACAGUACAAGUCCACUUACUAAAUUAUUGUUUGAUCUUCCUUAAAACGUUGUCGAUAUUAUUUGUUUAUUUAAUCUAUUUUGUUUUUAAAAACACAAAACAAAUACAAAAUUAGAUAAAUAAAUACAGCUUGGAUAACAAAGAGUUCGUUUGUGUAGAAAAUAUUCUAAUUAUUAUUUUAGGGGCAAAUAAUACGAAAUAUUAUUAAAAUUAACAUGAAUGCUCAAUCUUUCGUUACAAUUACAUAAUAAAUGAUAUUUAUAAUUAGCAAUCUUCAUUACAAAAUUUAAUAAAUCCAAGAACUAUCGUCGUUUGAGAAUAGUUUAUAUAUAAUGCACAAAUGACUUUAGUAUGAAUUAUAUUGAAAUAUUAAUAAACUGGUUUCAUCAAAUUUAAAAGAUAAAUUUUUGCUUCUGAAAUUAUCAUUAAAAUUUUUAAAUGAAUAUUAGUGAUAUAAAAAUAAUUAUUCCAUUUACAAAAGCUAAUAAAUAUAAAAUUUAUAUUGAUUACGUUAAUAUA